AUGGACCGCAACGAUAUCGAUGUCUCAAUCUUAUCCUUGAGCGCUCCAGGUCUUGCGUUCGCCUCAUCUGCCGAGGAAGCCACAAAACUAUGCCGAUCGGUCAACGAGUACGCCAAGGAUAUCUCGACCAGUCACCCACGUCGAUUUGGUUUCUUUGCAUCCGUACCCUCACUUACUCAGAUAGACGUUUGUCUAGAGGAAGUGCGCUACUCACUCGAUGUGCUCAAGGCAGAUGGAGUCGCAUUGUUGUCGAGUUAUGACGACAAGUAUUUGGGCCACGAGGACUUCUGUCCUCUCUGGGAGGAACUUCAUAGUCGCAACGCAGUAGUUUUAUUCAUCCAACCUUUGGCAAGACUUGGGGCGCCCAUCUGA